GGUGUAUGGACAUUAUUUGAGAAAGAUCAAUCAUGAUCUGUUGUAGACCUACUGGCUGGAAUUAAUACUUGGCUUGAGUCAGUGGCUGUGUAGAGACUUUUAGAAGGACAGAUGCUCAAAGUUGAAAAGGGGUGCAUGGAUCAAGAUGUUAGAACACCAACUACUACAACACAACAGCUCAGAUUUUAAUUUCAACUGGCAGAUGAGGACAUGAAAUGACUAAUCUUAGUAGGUAUGUAAAUGGGUACGAACAUAUUUCAUUCCAAGAGGUGGCAAAGGGAGAGAAGAGCAUCAUCAGUCAGGCAGAAAAGAGGAAGUUGGAGACGGGCUUGAAUGAACUCAAAACAUUUCUUUAUUUUCUCUUUUCCGCUGUUCAGCAUUUUCACACACAUACACACACACGUGCUUAUACUGAUCAAGAUGCAAGAUGGUGCCAGUGUAUCUGUCAGCAUGCUGUCGUUCUUGUCUUUCCCGUGUAUUACAGUUUGUUGUAUCUGUUGUCUGUUCAUCUGGCAUCUGUGCUGUUUUUACUUUUCGUCGUGCCACACUGGUAUCGUAUAGACUCAGUGUUGACCUAUGAUCGUCAAGCUUUGCUCAACAUCAAAAGCUGUAUGGUAGCUCAUCUGGGAUUUUGUCCUGCUCCGCAUUCUCAUUGUCAAUCCUCAUCUUGCCAACCCGCAUCGGAGUGCGCUCGCUGGCUACCUUGCUGUGUUCCUCCUCUAAGGAAAGAGCCACAGGAAGAGAGGGAAUCAUGGUGGUGUUUGGGUGAGAAUCAGUACCUCCAUUUAAUCGAGUUUGUUUACUAUAAGCUUGGAGGGACUCAACUUGACGGAAGGGAUUGCUCAUGGGAUUACAGAUAUGUUUUUCAUCUGACUAUUUUCCCGGAUUUCCUACACUCAUCUAAUUGCUCUGUUCCUGAACAAUUACGGAUUCGUCAUAGAGGAAUGGACUGUUUAAAUCUCUGCCAACUGGAAUGCGUUCAACCGGAUCUGGCCUCGUUACCUCAGUCUCCUCUGAAUAUGACCCUAGUUAAUGCUAGGUCUGUGUGCAACAAAACUUUUAUUUUAUAUGACUUUUAUAGCAUGAGUUAUAGCAUGGGAGCAGCAGUGGGACAUCAAGAACCAUCCCUGAACAAAGGGCUACGUGACUGUAUUUAGCAUUCAGAAAGACAUCUGUCUCGCAAGCUCUACCACCUCACCAUUUGGGGUUACACCUGUAACAACAUCUGUACUGUGAGAACGGAAAGCGAUCACAUCAAAUGCUAUCCUUAAUUUACGUUGAGAAUGAAACUUCAUUUACAUUACAAACAGAAAACCUGGUUUGAAACACAGUAUAAAAUGUCUGUGCUGAUACUGUUCGGGGUUCACUUUGACUCCGACGAACCCAAAGUGCUUCAUGUACUUUGUCCCUGCCAUGCUGUAAUAAAGUUAUUUUUCUUUGA